AUGUUUGAAGCAGUUAUAGCCUCAUUAUUGAAAGGUUAUGUUGCUCGUUAUGUUGAUAUAAAUGCUGAUCAAUUAUCUGUUCAAUUACUUUAUGGUCGACCUAUUGUUGUUGAAAAUUUAACAUUUAAUAAAACUGAACUUAAUAAUGAUAUUCGAACAAAAUUAAAAUUACCUAUUGAAAUUGAAUCUUUACAUGUUGGUAAAAUUCAAUGUUCAUUUGUCUGGAGUUCAUUAUUUUUUCGUUCAUCAUCAGCAGCAUUUAUUAUUAAAGUUGAACAUGUACGUGCUAUUAUAAAACCAAUUAUUCUUGAUGAUAAUGAUAAUCAAACAGAAGAAUUAAUUGAAGAAGAUGAAAUAUUAAAAAAACAAAAUCAUUUAGAUUUAUCUGAACAACAAUUAGAAAAAGAAUUUGAAUUUCUUGGAGAAGUUAAAUCAUCAUCAUGGAGUUUAAAACGUUUAAUAUUAUCAUUUUUAGAAAAAAUUCAAGUACAAAUUAUUGAUGUACAUAUUAGUUAUGAAAGUUUUACAUCUGAUAAUACACCUUAUACAGUUGGAUUAUCAUUUGAUAAUAUUCAAAUAUCAAAUGAAUUAUCCAAUGAAAAUAUGAAUAGGAAAAUUUUUCAAAUACAUAAUCUUGCUCUUUAUGCUGAUACAAAUACGAAUAAAGAUCAAUCAUCAUCAUCAUCUGUUCAUUCAUAUAUUUUAUUACCAUCAAAUUCAAUAAAAAUUUAUUUAACACAUAAUUAUUUACGUUCAGCAUUAGUUAAUCGUCGACAACCACGUUAUGAACUUGAAUGGACAUUUGAUGAUUUAAGUUUAAAAUCAAGUAUUGAACAUAUUAAAGUUUUAUCUGAUGUUACUCGUUUUAUACAAUAUUCAAAUACACAUAGAAAAUUUAUAACUGAUCCAAGUCGACCACAUAUGAAAAUAUCUAAACAAUCAGCUAAAUUAUGGUGGCGAUAUAUAACUUUAGUUCUUAUACGAACCCAAAAUUAUUUAAAAACACCUGUUUCAAAUGAACAAACACAUACAACAACAAAUUUUUGGUUUAAUUCAAAUAUAUUAAACAAACGUUUAACACAAUUAAUAACAUAUAAACGUUUAUAUCGUUUAUAUCUUGAUAAUAAAUAUUUAAAACGUUCAACAAUAAAUAAUUUUACUCAAGCAGAUCGAUUAAUUAUGAAUGAAAUUGAAAUGGAUUUUAAUCUUGAUUGUUUAAUUCGAAUUCGUCGAGUUAUAUUUCGUAAACGUGCUAAUGAAAAAUUUAGUUUAGUUAAUAAUCAAAAUCAAACAGCAAAUAAUGAUGCAACUGGGUCAUGGUAUAUGAGUUAUGCUAAAUGGAUAAGUUCAAAAACAGUUGAUCUAUGGAAAACAACAACACCGACUGAUAUCAAUCAAGCAAUUAUUUCAAGUACAACACCUAUAAUACCAUUGAAUGAAAAUGAUGAAAAAUUACAAGAACAAGUCAAUACUUUUAUAGCACAAUCAUUAGAAGAUGAAGAUCUAUCACAACAUCGUCGAGAUGCUUUAUAUUUACGUUUAAAAUUUGUAUUGAAAUCUGUUCAAAUUGAUUUAUCAUCGAAUGAUGAAAUCCUUUUUAAUUUUUCAUUGAAUAAUGUAUCUGUAUUAACGGAAUUAAGACCAAGACAUCAAUCAAUAUUAUUUUAUUUACGAUUAGAUGAUUUAAAUAUUUGUGAUCGAUUAAGAACAGAUGCAUUUUCAAAUAUUGUUUGUCCAAAACAACGAUCACAAGAUUCAUCUGUUGGUGCACAACGUGCUCCAGUUUUUGAAUUAUCAUAUGAAACAAAUGUUCCAGGACGAGAAUCAAAAACAAAACGACUUUCAUUUGCCAUUGCUAUUCGUAGUCGUGGUCUUUGUUUUGUUUGUUGUCCUAUAUCCGUUGAACGUCUACGUAAUUAUUUCUCAUCUGCAUUUACUGAACCAUCAUCAAUACCAACAUCAUCAUCAUCAAUUCUUCAACAUUGGACACAAUUAAAAGAACGUACAACUAAACAAUUAAAAUCUGCCAUUGAUCAAAUCUUUUCUCCAAUAACAUCAACUAAAAUGACUUCAUCAAAUGUAAAACAUAUCAAACAAGGUCAAAGAAGAUAUAAAAAGAGAUUUGAUAUCUAUCUUGAUAUUUGUGCACCACAAAUGAUUAUUCCUCAAUCAUCGGAUCGUGCUCUAAUUAUUGAUUUUGGUUAUUUAACAUUUAUCAAUGAUGAAUAUAAAAAAUCUUCGUGUCCAUUAAAAAACUGUGAUAUGCAUAAUACGGGUUCAACAUCACCAUCACCAAUAACAAAUUAUUUUCAACAACGUCCAUAUUUUUUCAAUGAACAACGCACAUCACCUGUUUCAUCAGCAAUUAUUGAAGAUGAUGAUGAAGAAUUUUUAACACCUGACAGUUCACCAUUAGCAACUGAUGGUUUACUUGAAACCGAAACAACAAAUUAUCCCGUUAAUAUCAUUCCAAGAGAACAAAGUUUAUCUCCUACAAAUGACACAAAAGAUCUUAUAUAUUCAUCAUUUUCAUUAUCAUUAUGUGAUAUGCAACUUGGCUAUUUAACUUAUACAGAUAAUCAAUCAAAAAAUAAUCUUUCAUCAAUUAUUGAAAAAUUUGGUGUUUGUUUUUUAAUUCAAUAUCGAACAGUACAAACAUUUGAUCCAUUAUGGCCAUUAAUAAAAGUUUCAGGUACAUUACCAAAAGUAAUUAUACAUCUUGAUCCAUCUUGUAUUGAAAUAUUAUGUGGUACAAUUAAUAAUUGGGGAUCAUUUAUUGAAAAUUUAACUUCAUCAAUUGUAUCACAAUCUGAUAUAACAACAAAUAAAAAGACUAUUGAUGAAUUAAGUGCACGUUUAGCACUUGGUUUUCGUAUUAAUGAAAUCAGUAUACAAUUAAGUGAUGAUUUACGUGCAUUGACAGAAAUACGUAUACAAAAUAUUGAUUUAACAUUAAUGAAUCAUAUUCAUUCAAAUAUUGUUUCAUUUAGUGUACAUACAUUAAUGAUUAUUGAUGCUUUACAAAAUCAUGGAAAAGAUUAUGAAUUAAUAUUAACAAGUAAUCGUGCAUUAGAUAUAAAUACUCAAACAGGUACAUUAUAUGAAUCAAAUAAAUAUUUAUCAAAUAUUGAAGAUGAAUAUUUAAUACGUGUUAAUAUACAAUCAGCAACUGAUUUACAAACAAAUGAAAAUUGUUUGACAGUUGAUAUACAUGUUAAUAAAUUACAUUUUCUAUUUAAUCCUGAAACAUUAUCAAUAUUAACAAAUUUUUUUGUUAAUAUUAUUUAUCGUAUGAAAACACUUCUUCGACAAAAUAAUAUUAAAGAAGAAAAUGAAAUAGUAACAAGAAUUGAAAAGAAAAGAACAACAAGAUUUCAAAUCAAUAGUGAAUUUCAAGAAUUAAGUAUUUUAUUUACAAAUGUUAUCACAAUAAAAUCUAUAGGUAGAAGAGUUUUGGGAACUAAACUUGAAAAAAUAGCUGCAGCUAGAAUAAAACAAGCAUCAUGUAAUAUUUUUCUUGAACCAUCAACAAUGAUUGAAGCUGAAAUAUGUGCUUUACAAAUAUUUAAUCUUUUACAUGAUACAUCAAUUAUAACACAUAAUGAACAAUCAAGUGCAAUUAUUGAUUUUGGAAUUGAAGAUAAAAAAUAUACGAAUCAAGAGAAAGUUUUACCUAGUAAAGCAUUUCAUCUUGUAUAUACAGAUAAUAAUAAUGGUGUUGAAGAUUUAGUUAUUGAAAUGGCGUCAGUUUGUUAUACACAUUCACCAAAAAUUAUUUUUAAAAUUGAAACAAUUCUUAAUUAUAUGGCUCAACAUUGUCAUUCAAAAAUAGCUAUUGAAAUGGAAAAAAUGAAACAAAAUAUGAUUAAACAAGGAUCUAUAUUACUUAAUCAAUAUGUUCAUCCAAAUGAAUCUAUUUUCGAAACUGUAGAACCAACUCGUCAAUUAAAUUUAAGUAUCGUUCUUGCUACACCAAUUUUAAUUUUUCGUCCUCAAUCAAAAUCAGUUUCAACAAAUGCUCGACUUGUCUUUCAUCUCGGUGAUAUUCAUGUUGAAAAUUCUGAAAAUCAUUCAUCAAUUUAUGAAAUAAAAAUUAAUGAUCUGAAUUUAUUUUCUGUUGAUCUUGAACAUGAAUUUCGUCAAAGUCAAGGAGUAAAUCUUAUACGAAUGUAUAAAAAUCCUCGUUCACCAUUACCUAUACUUGAUAAUAUAUCUAUUCAUCUUAAUCUUAAAUUAACUGAUACAUCAACAACAAUCGAUUCAAAAUUAGUUUCAUCUGUUCAAAUGUUUCUUGGUAAACAUCAAAUAACAUUAUUACAAAAUAUAAUUAGUUCAUUGACAUACAAUGAAAAUGAUCAAAUCGAUACACCAAAUACAAAUAUGACAGAUGAAGAAUCAUUAUUAUUAUUUGAUGAAGAAGAAAUAAAUCUUCCAUUAAAUGAAACAACAACACAAACAAAAUUUAAAACAUUUGCAAUACAUUUUCAAUUACCAGAAUUAAUUCUUGCAUUUCAAUCUGAUUUAGAUUUAAAACCAACCAAAGUAUGUGAAGCAAGUUUUGGACAAUUUCAUAUGUCAAUUGAACAAUUACAUCCAUUUUGUAAAAAUAUUUCACUUCAACUUAAUUCGCUACAUAUUAAUGAUAAUUUAAUUAAAGUUGAUGAAUGUCUUUUUUCAACACGUUGUCGAAAAAAUUCAUCGUCAAAUUAUUUUCGUAAUGAUCAUAUGAUGUCAUCAUCAGUUCCAAUAGAAAAAUAUCAAAUACAUGAUGAUUAUGCUUCAAAUUCCGUACCGGCAUAUAUGGAAUCAACGAAUAGUUCAACAUGGACAUUAGCAUCAUCAACAUCAUCGAUAAGAACAGCUACAAUAUCAACAACACCAUCAUUUAUUGAUAUAAAUAUAACAUUAAUGGAUAAAAAACAUGAAAAUUACAAUGGAUUUAAUAUUAUUGCCGAUGCACAAUUUGGUGAAGUUAAUAUUAAAUUUAUUAUUUCAACAUGGGUUAUGUUAUUUGAUAUUAUUGGUUUAAUUGGAGGUACACCAUCAUCAACAACUACAGAUAUUCGAGAAAAUAAAGAAUUUACUUCAACAUCCGAUACUGAUUUUAUGCAAAUAAACAUUCAUAUUGAUGCUGUAUCUUGUCUUCUACAAGAUGAUCAUAUUCCACCAAUAAAUAUUUCACUUCAACGUUUCGAUUGUCAAAUUCAAAAUUUUCUUACAAUUGAAAAAGCCAUAAAAACACUUAUUAUCAAUGGUAAACUUGGUUCGGUUUCAAUUCAUGACUUAUCAUUAUUUGGUCAAUUAUAUGAAGAACGUUUUUGUACAAGUGGUACAAAUGCACUUUUAUUUACAUAUACAAAAGAAGAAGAUCUUAUACCAAUAAGUUCAUCCAAUUUUCCAUCACGUUUACAACUUUAUUUGCGUAUGACAUCCGUUCAAUAUAUUCAUACACAACGUUUUCUAAUGGAUCUUAUUCAUUUUUUUGAUCGGUUUCAACAUGAUCAAGAUUGUUAUAAUCGUAUAAGAUCAGCAGCAGCUGGACAAACUAUAUCAUGUUCAGCUGGACGAUCAACAGGUAUUGAACUUGAUAUUGAAGCUGAAAGUCCAAUAUUGAUUUUACCUGAAUAUGCACUUAAUAAACCUGUUAUUAUUCUUCAUCUUGGAAAUAUAAUUAUAAAAAAUCGUUUUCUUUUCGAUAAUGAACCAGAUACAUUAAGUUCAAUUCUGAAUAAACCAAAAGAAUCAAAUUGUUUACUUGAUGUUAUAUCUGUUCAAUUUCAAGAUACAUUACUUUAUUCAGCUACUUAUUGUAAAUUAGAUACAAAUAUAAAACCUACAGUUAAAUUUACUAAUUUUGGUUUUCAUACAAUACGUGAUGAUAUAUCAUCAAUGUUACGUGAACGUUGUUAUUUUAAUAUUCAUAUUGAACGUAAUCUUGAUAGUUCAUUAAAUCAUUCAUCACCAACAUAUAGUAUUAAAGCUGAUCUUUUCUCAAUUGAUAUACUUCUUGAUACAUAUCAAUAUUCACUUAUUCGUGGUAUACUUGCAUAUAAUAUUGGUGAACAAUUAGAACAACCAACACGACCAGCAAUGAUGAUUGAUGAUCCAUUAUGUGUAUCAACAAUCUUAACUGGUAAUGUUUAUAUUGAUAUGAUAUUUAUAAUUCAAAUGGAUAAUGUUGGUUUUGAAAUAUUUAUUCCAAAUGAUUCUAAACGUUAUUCAUUAGGUUAUUGUGCAUUUUUAAAAUCAAAUUUUUCAUUUGAAAAAUAUUCAAAUAAUAAUCAAGUACUUGAUUUAACAUGUUCAUCGAUUAAAUUAACUGAUACACGAAUUGAGAAUACAAAUCAAUUUCGUGAUAUACUUACAUCAUCAUCAUCAAUGGCAACAAGUAAAAGUCAAAUGCAAUUAGAAAUACAUUUAUUUACAUCAAAAACUGAUGAUAAAUAUACAAUUGUAUUAAAUCAUACAAGAAUAUUAUUUAUUAUUGAUUGGUUACUUAAAUUAAAAGAUUUUCUUAAUUCAUUUCAACAAAUUCCACAACAAACAAAUCCAAUUCAAUCUAUGACAAUACCAGUUGAAACAAAAAAACUUUUUGAAUUACGUUUAAAUUUUAAUCAAUCAGAACUUCUACUUGUACAAACAACAAAUAAUUCUCAAUCGAAUGCACUUGUUUUAAGUGGUAUGAUGAAUUUAACAUAUCGAGAAUCACAACAAAGACGUCCAUUAGAUUGUAAUUUAUUCAGUAUGACUUUAUUUUCAUGUCAAAUGAAUAA